CGCGCUACUCAAGAGAGAAGUUCUAGCCUAGGCAAACUUCGAGUCCCGCGUUGAGAGCACGCUCAGUGCUAGUUCGGGCGCGCGCGGGGGACAACGAGACGCGGCUAGUAUCAACGCUCCUCAUCCCUCUUCCGAACCUACAAAACUCUGUUGUUUCCACCCGUCAAGGGUCCGUUUGCUCCGUUUUUUGUGAAUUUUUAUCACCAGUUUUCGUACAAUCGAAACGAAAACGCGGGCAAACUUGAUAACCGCGGUGGAAAAUCGACUGGGAAAAGUGGAUUUUCCUUCGAAAUUCCCGCCAGUUGUGUCACGCCUCGAAUACCCUCGUUCAGUGAAUUUUUUCCAAGUGCUCGUGAUCACUGUGAAAAAUAUUGGAAUCAAUCGAAAGAACGAAUGAAAUUGCGCUCGACGUGGACUCCCGGAGGUCGGCGCUGCCGGGGGAUGCUUCAGGAGACUCGCUCAAUCACGGAUUCGCGAAAGUGCAGUUUUUACGCGAUUACGAUGAAACUUGCGGCGAUGCGCGUACUCGAGAAUCUCGAGCGAGAGAAAAAAAAUUGAUGAAUUGACGAUAAAGUGCAAACUCGGUGUUUGGAUUCACGUUUUUAUAUAUACACACAUACACACAUAUUUGUAGUGUUUUGUUUGCUCGUGCUUUUGUGCGCGUGUGUAUCCGUCCGUGUGCGCGAAUACAUGGAGGAGGUUUGGUGCAUCGUUGUGUUGGGAGUUGGCGCACGUGUGACGUAAGCAUUGUAAUCCCAACGCGAGGCAAAACGUUCGGGGCUUUCGCAACACUUCGAGAAGAACACGAUCAACGUUUCUUGACCAAAAGAAUAAAGAAAUAAGAGAGAAAAAAACAAAACGUUCACCUCGUCGUCUUUCUUCUUUGUUUCGUAUUCUCUUCAUUACUUAUUGCACUCGCUCUUUCUUUCUCUCAACAUAUUUUGAUUUUUCACAGCGCGCGCGUGUGUGUGUGUGUGUUUUGAAAAAAGUCUUUUGCUAAACAUUUGCGCUUGACCGAGGCCCCCCGAAGUUGGAGCUGAUUUCGAAAAUCGUGUUUGCUAAAACUCCCUUUAUUCUCCGAUUGUUUUCACAAAUACGAGAGAAGAGAGAGAGAGAGAGCGAAUGAGCAGUUGAAAUUUAUGUAUGUUUUAUAAACGAAAAAAUCUCGCAUACAAUCGCGAUCAACGUCACACGUUGAUACGGUGCAGCAAAAAAAUAAUAAUUACACGAAAAAAGUGCUAGUGUCGCUCCGACCGCGAACGUCGACAGGUGCAAAUACUUUUUUCCCCUUUCGAAUUGAAACGCGACUCAAAUAUCAUCCUCCAAGGUCGCCCAUCUCCCGGAUUAUCGAGAUCUAUAGAGGAGACUACUUUUCUCAAACUAUCUUUCUGCUCCAGCCUAACACCGAUUUGGAGGACUCGCGUUGAACAUCGAGAGCACAAAGGAAGCAAGGCGAAUCAGGAAAUAAAGUUGGCGAGGGGCCCCGCGGCGACAGGGGCGAGGGAGGGGUGCGAGAAAAGACGUCGGUGAUUUUGGAUGUUAGCAGGCGCGGGGGUGGCUAAAAAGGCCCCACCGCAGGGUACGGGUCCCAAUGCCGGUCCCCGUAUCGCAAACGCUCACGCUCACCUCCACCCUAGUACCCAAGGAGGAGUCAACAAUGCCCUUUAUAGACGACGAGCUGCUCUGGUGCCCUGACAAUGACGGAAAAAUGGUAGAUCUGACUCAGUGCCUUCAGGAAAGCACGACCGGUCAAUCGGUGGAGUUUUCCGCAAUGGAGCUGAGCGCGCUAGUCGGUGCUCCAGCUGCCUCGAACGUGCCUUCGGAGGACGGCGAGGGCGAAAUGUCCGGCGUGAAUGAGGAACCGUUCGACACCCUUGACACAUUUUUACGCGAAUUACAAGCCGAUCUCGCGGAGCCGAGUCAACCGACGUCGACGACAACUCCAACGGCGAUUACGUACAGGCGGCAGAGGUACAAUAUCGCCGCGGCGAAUCCACUGUUGGCAGAGAAGCUGGCAGCACCUGCGGCUCAAAUGUCACAUGCCUCCAUUCCGUAUCCCACGAGAACGGAGAUUAAAACGGAAAUCGUUCAUCCCGAGAGCAGCAAAGUCGACACGAGGGAAGUUCAACCAUCGCACAACGCCGAAAAUGCCGAUAAAGAAGCGCUCGCGGGUUUGGCAACGGUCAAAUCGGAGCCGGGCUCGGCCACCGGGACUCGACUCCUGCACGGAAUCCUCUCGCAGCAUCCCCAGCAACACGCUCUCGGGGUCGUACAGAACGGCUAUGGCCGACAGCACUUGAACAGUCAUCAACAGCUCGGUCAACCUCCGUACACGACUUCCGUCAUCGCGACCACGAGUACGCCAGGAAGCGGAUCGUUGCCAGCGAGCCCGGCGGACAGCGGCGUCAGUGACGUCGAAUCCAGCACGUCUUCGGGAGGCAACGAGGACGCGAAUCUCCUGCUCAAAGCGAGGCUAAAUCCAAAUUCCUCCAUACAACCGAAUUUGGCGUCUCAUCACUCGCAUCUCAGCUCAGUAGCGAUCGGCAGCAGAUCGGCGUGUCACAGUCCAGGAGUUUACCCCUCACCAGGUGGCUUUUUGCCGCCGUCUUAUCAUCCCCAUCAGCACCAUCCAUCGCAGUAUCAUCCUCACAGGGGAGGCUCGCCUCACCAUUCGGGCCACGGAGGACACAACAUGCCCCCGACGAUGGGGCCGCCGCACCAUCACCACCAUCACCAAGCCCAGAGCCUCCAGCAUCUGCACUAUCGUCAGCCACCGACGUUAUCAGAGAGUUACAACAGCUACGUGAAUUCGAUGUACGGCGGUGGGGGUGGCCAGUUCGCGACAGCGUGUACGCCGAGUCCACCUCGCGGAGGUCCGGGUGGAGUGCCGACGAGCGUGAUUCAAGCGGCGACGAGUUCGGUAUCGGACGAUUUGUAUCUUCUCGAGUUGGGUUUUCCGCCGCGACCGAAGAAGAACAAACUGAAGAAACCGCGCCAGGGAGAGGGCGCUGCGGUGAAGAGAAAAUCGCGAGAAGGCUCGACGACGUAUCUGUGGGAAUUUUUGCUCAAACUGUUGCAGGAUCGUGAAUAUUGUCCGCGUUAUAUUAAAUGGACGAAUCGGGAGAGAGGUGUAUUCAAAUUGGUGGACAGUAAAGCGGUCUCGAGACUUUGGGGCUUGCACAAAAACAAGCCGGACAUGAAUUACGAGACGAUGGGACGAGCUUUGAGAUAUUAUUAUCAGCGUGGUAUAUUGGCCAAAGUGGAUGGACAGAGAUUGGUUUAUCAGUUCGUUGAUGUGCCGAAGGACAUCGUCGAAAUCGAUUGUACGGGGGCGUGAGAUAGGGCCUGCCCUUCGACCAGGGAGCUCGGAAAUCACGCUACAAAGUCAACGAGUUUAAAUAAUAAUAGUAAUUACGAUUACGAUAAUAAUAAUGAUAAUUACUCAAAGGGGAACAAAAACAAAACUCUCUUAUAUUCAAUGUCGUCCUCGUCCCCGACUUUGCCCUUGAGACGAGAGAGGUCAUUGUCGACAAACUCUUCCUACAACAAUCAACAGCAGCAGCAGCAGCCGCAGCAACAUGAUUAUGAACAGCAAAGAUUGCCGACGUGGCACAUCCCUCAAACGAUUCAUCGCCCUCUCUGACUCCGUUGUUCCUUGUAAUGUAUAAAUCUUGAUAUAUUUUCAAAAGCAAAGAAAACGAAUACGAAUACGAAAAUACGGAUCGAAAUACCAUUUCCGUUUUGUCAAUCAAACGCAGGGAAAAAAAAGCUCUCGAUGCUUUUUAUACAUAAUUAUUGGUCGUCGUUGUCUGUAAUAAUAUGUGCGCGAGAUCGAUUCUCGUCAAUUUCGACCUUUGAUUUGUACAUUGCUCUUGUUGUUUUCUUUACUUUUUUCUUUUUAAAUUUAUUUUAAUCUUCUAAGCAAGCGACAAACUUUCAAGAUAGCAGUGGCAAAAAUUGUUGUUCCGAUAACAAUGAAUCAUUAAUGAAACCAAACGAAAGUCAUUCCCGAAGAAGCUAUGGACAAAUUACUUAAACGAUUAGUGAACGAUAGAGACGAUUUAGUUCUCAUACUCUCUCCCCUCUAUCUCUCUAACUCUUUCAAAAGAGAAAAAAAAACGAAUAUGUAGACGAUAAAAAUUGUAAAUUCGGAAAUCUAUAUAAAUUAUUUAUUGUACAUUUGACGAUUAAUGUGAGAUUAGAAGAAAAAGAUGUGGGAGCGAAGGAGAAACAAAAUUGUUGAUGAAAGUGUUGGAAGCGAGAGAGAGUUUAGCAAAAGAAAGAAAAAAAGAAACAAACGAAUCGAAAUGUGGGCUGUGAAUAGGAGUUUGGAGGUUUAAACAAAGCGCUUAAGGAAUUAAAUGAGAGAAAAGAAACGAAAAAACGUAAAAAAAAUUACGAAAACGGAGAACGAAAAGUGAUAUUAAUGUUGGCUCUGAUACAGGGGGGACAAAAGGAGACGAAAAAAUUCUCAAGAAUCGGGACUCGGAGAGGGCUUGUAAUAUUAUUCUUUCGAAAUACAAACGAGUGUCAAAAUACCGUUUUUCACUAUCGUUUGUGUUCUUUUUUCUAAUUAAAAUCGAGCUGAAAAUAUUGUAUUUUCAACGAUCAUGUUAAGGUGCUGGCUAUUACACACGAGGUCCAAGAAUGUUAUUUAGCGAAGAGACAAAAAAUAUAAUUUAACAACAAAACAACAUGUCGAUGAGAAAGAGAGAGAGAAAAAAUACGAAAAAUAUGAAAAAAAUUUUAAAUAAGAAUACUUAGAUUUACGAUGGUUCAUAGAUAUUAUUCAGACAGACAUUAUCUAUAUAUCUCUGUAUAUAUUAUAUAAAAUAUAACUUUAGCAUAUGCAUAUAUUAUUAUAUUAUUAUUAUUAAUAAUAUUAUUGAAUAUUAUAUAUAUAUAUAUUAUAUAAAUAUAUAUUGUAUGUUAUGUAGUAAAUGGCGCGUGUUAAUGUGUCUCUGUGAGAUUUUGCGUCACGUCGGUGCUACUUGAGCACGAAAAAAGGAUGGAAACUAUUUGUCUGAUUCCCUGCGACUUCUUCGAUGUGAAAAUAAAAAGAAAACAUGAAAAAAAAAAAAACAAGCAGAUAAUGGAAAUUUUUUUAUACGACUAUAAUAAGAGUGUGUAACGGAUUAACUACGAGGGUACAGUUUGUACAAUCCCGUUGAACGCGAUCUAACUGCUCACACACAGACUGUGUUUGAUAUGUCGUCCGUAAACUCUGAUCGUGCUUCGUGAAAACAAAAAAAAAAAAAAAAUAAACAAAGCGAACAAACGAAGAAUUCAAACAGAUAUUUAUAUGAAUUUGUAUGUUUAUAUAUAUUCAAAACGCACACUUUGUUAAGCUUCCCAAUACGAACAAAAAAAUACAGACAGACACAUACACACACAUACACACACACAAGCAGAAAGUUGAAGAUGUCGCGAGGGUGGAAAAAAAAAUUGGACCAUCUUCGAUCGUCGAACGAGAGCCCGGGGUCGUGUAAUAAUAAUCGAUACCUUAGAAUAAUAUUUUAUUUAUUUACGCCCUGGGAGGCCGACGUGAGAGUGAAAACAACAACAACAAAAAAAAAACAAAAAAGAAAUCAUAAAGAUAAGACAAAAGUAAAUAAAGUAAAGGAAAAUUAAUGGUUAAACGAGAGCAGGGAGUAUAGAGGAGAAAAAAUGUGUCCCAUAGGAUGUAAUUUUGUAUAUAGAUAUGCGCUUAAAGAAGAAACGAAAAGAAAGAAAACAAAAAAGAAAUACUUAUGUCGAAAAAGCAUUGUUCGAAUGGAAUAAAUGAGAGAGAGAGAGAGAGAGAGAUAAAAUGAGAAGAAAGAGCAAGGAAAGUGGGCGAGAACACACAUGAUACCUUUUUUUCGUACGUAAGCGAGUGAGAUAAUUGAAAAAUCAUAACGAUACACAAAAUACACACAUCGACACUGCAUAUAAAUUAGUUACUUUUUAGGAAUUAAGGCUCUCUGACACUCAUGGUCCUUUCAAGACAACAGCCUUUCAAUAGUUUUCAUUGUUUUAUUUCCCUUCAUUUCACAAGUUCAAUCGUAAUAUACACAGUAGAUAAAGUGAAAGAAAAAAAGUAAUGGAGAAAAAAUGUGGAGGAAAUAAUGAAAAUACAUGAAAUAUUAUAAAUACAGUGGAUCCAGUGCUGCCAAUUAAUGCCUGAAACUGUCCCUUGCAUUUGCCACACGUACACACAGGAUACACGAAGAAGAAGAAGAAGAAAAACGAAAAACAUAAUAUACGAAAAUGUUUACCGAAAUAAAAAUGAAACAAAGCUGUUGAUGUUGAUACGAGAAAUUUAAAUGAAUAUUAAUAAAUAAAGAAAUAAUGAAGGAAACAAAAAUCAUUUAAUGUUCAUAAUAAUGUUACGGGACGCCAGACAUUACCGAUGAUACAAAACAAAUUGCCUUUACGUAUUAAACAAACGUUGCCUUCUUAACGAGAGAAAAAAACAAACAAUACAAACGAACGAAGAGAAACCAAGAAACAAAAGAUUGUUGCUGAAAAAAAAAUCUGAAUUUCCACGAUUUUUAUCGUUAAGUACUGUCCCACGUACACACUCUGUUCCAGUACUUAAAAAAAAAAAAAAAAAAAAUCAUAAUAAGUGAAAUAUAUAAAGAAAUACAGAAUAAUGAAUGGUUCAAAUGUCGCCCAAAAUCCUGUCGUUUCGAAAAAUAGAUUUUUUAAAGUCGUGUUUUUUGGUACGUUUGAAAGAAAAAUUUGAGAAUACACUCGAAAAUCGUAUGUUUACGUCGCAUCUGUGAAUAAUGUUAUAUAUAAAAUAGCUACGAUACUGAAGAAAAAAAAAAAAAAAAAUUAAUGAGAUACAAAAAUAUAACGUAAAAACAGUACAAUCGACGAAAAAACAAGUACCUAUACGAAAACGAAAAAAAUACCACUUCUAAACACACGAGACAUGAAAAUAUUAUAACGAAAAAAAUGAAACUCACUCACACACAUCAUUGAAUAUCAAUGGGAAAAAAAUGAAAAGAAUUAAUGAUAAAGAAACGAUGAAUGGAUAUUACAACAGUAAACAUAUACCUAUUUUUAGGUCAUUUAAAAUUUACAUAUACAUAACAUUUGAUUACACAGUACGAGAUAUUUUAAAUCGUAAGACUUUAACUGUAAUAGAGUUAAUGAAUAAUAAAAACAUAAAAUGAAAAAAAUACAAUUCGUAUGAUGAUUUUACUUGUAUAAAAAAAAUAUAUAUAUAUGAGAUACGAUGGAUUGACGUAAGGAACUCUAAUGUAACGUUCUGUGAUUCGUUGUUUGUAGGUGAAAUUUAAUAAAAAGAAUACUGUAUCAUA